AUGGAGGCUGGAUGCUUGAGACAGGGAGAUGGAUUUGAAGAUUACGGACCAGAUGGUGGUAACAUGAGGGUAACGGCCUUCUUGGACAUCCCAGGCCAGGACGAUCUGCCUCCACUCACUCGCCUGGAAAAGUAUGCUUUCAGCGAUAACAUCUUCAACCAUCAGAUUAUUGCCAGAGGAUUGCUUGAUAUCUUCCGGGACUUCAGCGGCAAUGAAGAAGAUUUCUUAACGGUGAUGGAGAUUGUGGUCAGAUUAUCAGAAGAUGCAGAGCCCACCGUGAGGACUGAGCUGAUGGAACAGAUUCCCCCUGUCGCCCUGUUUCUGCAAGAAAACAGAUCCGAUUUCCCAGUGGUGCUCUCUGAGUAUCUCACACCUAUCGUCGUGAGGUGCCUCGCAGACCCAAACAAUCAGGUUAGGAAGUCCAGUCAGGAGGUGCUGCUGGUUCUUCUGGAGCAGGAUCUCAUUUUCCAGCAUGACAUUGAGAACAAAGUGUGUCCGAUCCUGCUCAAUCUGUCGGCCCCUGACAGCGAUGAUGAGUACAAGGCAGAAGCUGUGAACAUCAUCUGCAGAAUGGCUUCCAUGCUGAGCAAGAGCACCGUCGUGCGUCUGCUGCUGCCCCGCUUCUGUGAACUGUGUGGCGAUGGGAAGCUCUUCCAAGUGCGCAAGGUGUGUGCAACCAAUUUUGGUGAUAUUUGUCAUGCCGUUGGACAAGAGGCCACCGAGAAGUUCUUGAUCCCAAAGUUCUUUGAGCUCUGCUCGGAUACCGUGUGGGGGAUGCGGAAAGCCUGUGCUGAGUGCUUCAUGGCCGUGUCCUACACCACCUCGCCCGAGGUCCGCAGGGCCAAGCUCUCACCGCUCUUCAUCAGGCUCGUCAGCGACCCCUGUCGAUGGGUGCGCCAGGCCGCCUUCCAGUCCCUCGGGCCCUUCAUUUCCACCUUUGCAAACCCCUCCCGGGCUGGCUUGUACGUCCAAGAAGAUGGGACCCUGAGCAUCCGCCCACCAGGCCGGGACCGAGACCCCAGCGCUCCCCCCAUAGGCAGCUGUGCUGACCCUUCCUCAGUCUGGGACUUAGAGCUGCUUGUGGGCAAGGCUGGGCAGCAGAAAGACUCCUGCUGCCAACUCGAGACCACACAUGACACCUGCGUGCCCAGCAGUGAGAUUCAGAAAGUCCUUGACAGCCUGCAGGAGCACAUGGUGGGUGACCCAGAUGUCCAAGCUCAAGUUCAGGUCUUAUCAGCUGCACUGAGAGCAGCACAGCUUGAUUCCACGGACUUGUCUGAGAGCAAACCGACAGGAGCCCUAAAUGAAGUGUCGGCUGCGGGCCCCCGCUCAGCCUGUGCCCAUCAGAUGGCGCCGUCUGCCGCCUCCUCUCCGGAUGCACUCGCCGCCGCCAGGAUAUUACAAAGCACUGAUGUCAUCCCUCAGCCACUGCUUGACCAGUACGUGUCGAUGACUGACCCAGCUCGCGCCCAGACUGUGGACACUGACAUAGCCAAGCACUGUGCGUACAGCCUGCCAGGGGUGGCACUCACUCUGGGCCGGCAAAACUGGCACUGCCUGAAGGACACCUACGAAACACUGGCUUCCGACGUGCAGUGGAAGGUGCGUCGGACACUCGCCUUCUCCAUUCACGAGCUAGCUGUGAUUCUUGGGGACCAGCUAACGGCAGCCGACUUGGUGCCUGUCUUCAACGGAUUCUUGAAGGACCUGGAUGAAGUGCGCGUCGGGGUCCUUAAACACCUGUACGAUUUUCUGAAGUUGCUUCAUGCAGAUAAGAGGAGAGAAUAUCUCUAUCAGCUUCAGGAAUUUGUGGUGACAGAUAACAGCAGGAAUUGGAGGUUUCGAUAUGAACUAGCAGAACAGCUGAUCCUGCUCCUGGAGCUGUACAACCCGGCAGACGUGUCGGAGCACCUGAGCCACGUGGCCUUCAGGCUGUGCGCGGACAAGGUGUCGGAAGUGCGCUGGAUCUCCUUCAAGCUAGCCGUGGCCAUCCUGCGCAAGUUCUACUCCAGCAGCGAGCGUGCGCUGGGCUUGCGCUUCAUCGGUGAGCUCAUCGCCAGGUUCCGGCACUGCCCGAAGUGGGUUGGCAGGCAGGCCUUCGCCUUCAUCUGUCAGGCGGUGGUGAGUGAGGAGUGCAUCCCCGUGGACCAGUUUGUUGAACACCUGCUCCCCAGCCUCCUCAGCCUUGCGUCGGAUCCUGUGCCGAACGUGCGGGUUUUGCUCGCCAAAGCUCUGAGGCAGACGCUGUUGGAAAAGGCGUAUUUCAGAAAUGCCGGGAACCCUCAUCUUGACAUCGUGCAAGCGACCGUCCUUGCUCUGCAGUCGGACCGGGACCAGGACGUUUCCUUCUUUGCCACCCUUGAACCAAAGCGGCGGAACAUUACAGACACCACCGUGUUACAGAGCCAGAACUGA